AUGCUGAAUGGGUGGGGCAUAAAAUUGAUAAGUAAUGAUUUGGUUUCAGGCAAUUUUCAAAUGGAUGGCAAUAUACAAAAUGGAGGAGAACAUACACGGAUUACUUGGAAAAACAAUAUGAAUCGGUUUCCUCGUCGCUUACCAGCCAUUCCAUCCUUGAAUUCUAAACUUGUUCAGCAAAAUUCCAAAUCGAGCGUCGAAACUCUGCGAUCAGCGAAUUAUUCUGUUUGUGACGACUUUUAUGGAUCAACAUUGUCCAUGAUAAAUGUUGAAGACCAUAACUCUAAGGAGAUUUCUGACGAAUGGCAACAUCCUUGUGCUACCACGGAUGGAUCACAAAUAUCUCUUCUCUCCAGCUUGCGCAGACCUUUGUCCAUUGAUGACGAUCAAGGCAAACUUGGCAAGUACCAUUCACUUUCAAUUUUUUGA